CGUUCCCAGCAUUCAAGAAGUCAGGAGCCAGUAGUUCGCGUACUUCCUCUUACUAUUCCUCUGACUCCGCAUCGCAAUUCUUCACCAUCUCAAUCCUGCAGCGCAUGCCUCUACACUAGCGAUUUAAUGGCGCCUCUGGAAACUGAAUCUAUAAAAGAAAAUAUUCAGAUCGAGAUAAGAAGGCGUGGCGAGACAACUUCGUUUGCCUCAGGAUUGGAAAACAAUACUCUUUCUGAAAACUACAUCUAA